AUGAGGGAGAUGAUGGUGAAUGAAUUAUCUUAUAUUGGUGGAAAAAAUGUUAAAUCUAUGGUAAAAAGGCUUAUGGCUAAGUUAUUUAAAGAUGAGUUAUUGAAAGACUUCUCAUAUACUGGGAAGAAAGGAAAACAGAAAUUUUCAAAUUUAGCAACUUGUUCCGUAAUAUUUGAUGCCAUAAAAACUCAAGAAAAGUUUAAACACGGUACUCAAAAUGAAAUGGAAGACAUUAUUAAAUAUGUACUUGCUCAAGCUCCAUUUAACCUGAAGAGGCAAAUUGAAAAAAAUAACUAAAUUAAUUACUCCAUUUUUAUUG